CCCGCAGCAGCCGGGGGGUUGUUUUUAUUUAGUCUGGAGAGCCGAGGUGUUCUGGUCGCUGAUGGAUGGCUGCAAAUGCGGCUUUGGGGUUGUCUGCGGAGUUUUUGGUGGUAAACUACAGAAAUCCAGGCGUGUUCUUCCCGCAGCGCCCCGGGAGCUCCGUGGUUGUGCUGAACCUGCCCCACGGGAGCGGCCGCGGUUUGCAGCUCCUCUCCCGGGGACAGAGCCCCGGAGCUGCGCUGGUCAUUCGGGGGUGCCCAAAAUUAACGGCAGGUUUUGAAAGAAAUUGGCAGCAAGUUUAAAAAAAAAAAAGUCAACGGGAAGUUUUUAAAAAAUGAGGAGAAAGUUUAAAAAUGUUAACAGAAUUCAGCCUUUAUGAUUCCUUGAUUUUCCUAGUUGUGUCUGGGAAAGCGGCGUUCCCGUCCCUGCUCUCUUCACAGCUACAGCUGAUGGGAAGCUGAUGGGAUCCAUUCCCACGUGGAGCAGGAUUCCUCCUCGCUGUGCUGCACGCGUGUAAAAUGAGCAGAAAUUCCUCUGCAGGAUGAGAUCUUCACUCAUUCCUGAAAUAGCCAAAGUGAACCAGCUUUGUUUUGCUCAGCUGCAGGGAACCACCAAUCCCACUGAGGCAGCAGUUCCUCCUGAGGAGUUAAGGAAAAUGCUGAGAAGUCUGAGAGGACUCGUCUGCCGUUCUCUGAAGCUGGACCACGGCUGUGCCCUCCACACGGCAGCCAGGGAUGGCCUGAGCUCUGUGCCCACCCAGGAUGUCCCGGCAGUGAGGCCCCGAGCAAUUUUCCACACCAGCGAGAGCGACCCGGCCAAGCACACGGAGCAGCACGAGGGCCGUCUGUACAACAUCCCCCUGGAGGAGGUGAAGGCUGUGUUCCCCCAUGGGCUGCCCUAUCGCUUCCAGCAGCAGAUCCAGACCUUCAACGAGGCCCGGGUGAUGGUGCGGAGGCCGGCGCUCGAGAUCCUCGCUUACCUGAAGGGCUCCAACUUCGCCCACCCUGCAGUCAGAUAUGUGAUCUAUGGUGAGAGGGGAACAGGGAAGACCAUGACCCUGUGCCACGUGGUUCACUACUGCUCGAGGCAGGGCUGGCUGGUGCUGCACAUCCCAGAUGCUCAUCUCUGGGUGAAGAACUGCAAGGAGCUUUUGCAGUCUUCCUACAACAAAGACCGGCUGGAUCAGCCUCUGCAGGCCUCUGUGUGGCUCAGGAACUUCAAAACCUCCAAUGAACGAUUCCUGCAAGAGAUAAAAACACAAAAAAAAUACAUGUGGGGCAAACGAGAAAGCACAGAGGAGGGCAGACCUUUGGGAGAAGUGGUGGAGCAGGGUCUGGCUCGUGUCAGGAGUGCCAGUGACGCCGUGGGGGUGGUGCUGAGGGAGAUCAAGCAGCAGAGUCACCGCGGCUCCUUCCGGCUCCUCGUGGCCGUGGACGGCGUCAACGCGCUCUGGGGACGGACGACGCUGAGGAAGGAGGACAAGAGCCCUGUUUCUCCAGAGGAGCUGACGCUCGUGCACAACCUGCGGAAGAUGGUGAGGAACGAUUGGAGUGGAGGUGCUGUUGUGACCAGCCUCAGCCAGACUGGCUCGCUCUUCAAACACAGCUCAGCCUACACUCCCCACGAGUUGCUGGGAAAGGAGGGGUUCGACGCUUUGGACCCCUUUGUGCCCAUCCCGGUUGCCAACUACAGCCCGAGGGAGUUCGAGAGCUGCUACGGCUACUACCUGGAGCGCAAGUGGCUGCAGCACGAGAAAGCGCACACGGAGGACGGCAAGGCGGAGCUGCAGUUCCUGAGCGGCUCCAACCCGCGGCAGCUGGACCGGCUGGCGGGGCCCCUAUAGCGCAAUAAAGGCUCCACAGCCCCGC